AUGGAUACGGCCAGCCUGUUCGACGUAAAAGGCAAAGUGGUACUUGUUACCGGCGGCGCAAAAGGCAUCGGGCGCAUGAUCAGCGAGGGCUUCGUGCGCAACGGCGCCACCGUCUUCGUGUCGUCGCGCGACGCAAAGGCAUGCGAGGCGGCGUGCAAAGAGAUGAAUGCGCUGGGCGCUGGGACUGCGGAUUUCAUUGCUGCGGAUUUGUACAAGGAGGAUGCGGCGGCGUAUAUUGCUGCUGAGCUGGGGAAGCGGACGUCAAAACUCGACGUCCUCGUCAACAACAGCGGCAGCAACUGGGGCGAAUCCUACGACAAAUAUCCAACCGCUGCGUGGGACCGCGUGUUGAACCUGAACUUGAAGCGCGUCUUCCAACUCACGCAGGCGGUAACACCCUUACUUGAAGCCGCAUCUUCACCCGCCUCGCCCGCGCGCAUCAUCAACAUCGGCAGCGUCGACGGGCUGCGCGUCCCCGCGCUCGAGACGUUUGCGUACUCGGCGUCCAAGGCCGGGCUGCACCACAUGAGCCGCGUGCUGGCGAGCCACCUGGGCAAGCGCGGCAUCACCAGCAACACGAUUGCGUGCGGCCCGUUUCAAAGCAAGAUGAUGAAGGCGACGCUGGAAAAGUACCAGGAUGUGAUUGAAGGUGGGAUUCCGCUGGGUCGCAUUGGGAUGCCCGAGGAUGUGGCUGGCACGUGCAUUUGGCUGUCGAGUCGAGCGGGCUCGUUUGUUAAUGGUGCGACGAUUGCGCUUGAUGGCGGGAGUGUUGUUUCCGCAAAGCUAUAG